AUCGCGAUGAGCUCGAUCAGCAGAGAGAGUAACAAACGCCCUAUACGGAGGAUGUUUUGAUCGGUCUUCCUGCAUUUUGUCUUGAGGGCUCUGCAAUUUGGCGUUCGAGAACUAGUUUGAUAUGUUUUGAUAUUGUUGAGCUACAUUUGCCCGAUAGAAUUCUGCGUCAGUUUGGAUUGCUGCAGCAUAUACCGGAGGCCGUAGAAGCUAUACAGAGGAUCACCUCGCAGGGUAGAUCAGGCGAGGACUGGACAGCGUUUCAUGCUCCAUAUAUUCAGCGUUGGGCAGAUCGUCUGGAGCAUAUUGCGGAGCAGAGUCCAUUCGUCGAUCCAAAUCCGAUACGAGCUACCUCUGUGUACAUGCAGUGGUAUUGGGGGAUCACACGGAGGUGGAUUUCUCGUCCUGUACAGCGGCCUCCGCUUACUUUUCUGCCGCGUGGGAAUGUCGAGCGACGAUUGGUGUAUGCUAUGCGGCAUGCUGUUAGCAGUAUCGGUCAUUUGAUGGAUGAUCCUUCGGAGCCCACUAGAUUGAUGGAUGCUCUAGCACAUGUGAGAUGGGAUCUCGAGAGUGUGUUAGAGAGCCUUCCGACAUUACCCGUGACAGGGCAUUCGAAUGUUUCUUUUCCGACUUUUGGUGCUUACGGUGAUAUUCCCUCUACCUCCACACCUGCAUAUGAUUUCGGUGAUAUUCCCUCCACCUCCGCGCCUGCAUAUGAUUUUAGUGAUAUUCCCUCCACCUCGAUGCCUGCAUAUGAUUUUCCAUCGACAUCCGCCCCAAUUCAUCCAUCUGAUGUCCCUUCGACAUCAGAAGUGCAGUUUGAUAUUCCGUCGGCAUCCAUCCCUCUAUUUGAUAUUCCAUCUACGUUAGAGGUUCGUCGCGAUGAUAUUGUAUAUCGACGUAGGCGACGACGACAGGGUCAUAUUGAGACGCAGGAAGGGAUACUAGCAUCAGCUGUUGAGCAAAGGAUGGGGCCGAUUGUCAAGGGCAUCACCAUCGAGCAUAUUGAUCAGAUGGAUGUCAUUGAGCCCGUGCAGCCUGAGAUGGAGCAUGACAUACAUAUUUAA